AUGUCCGAGACCGCUCCCGUCCCCGCGCCCGACGUCGCCGCCGCUGCUCCGGCUGCGGCCCCGGCCAAGGCUACGGCCGCCAAGAAGCCGAAGAAGGCGGCGGGCGCCGCCAAAGCCCGCAAACCCGCCGGCCCCAGCGUCACCGAGCUGAUCACCAAGGCCGUCUCCGCCUCCAAGGAGCGCAAGGGGCUUUCUCUUGCCGCUCUCAAGAAGGCGCUGGCUGCUGGUGGUUAUGAUGUGGAGAAGAGUAAUAGCCGUAUCAAGCUGGGGCUCAAGAGCCUGGUCAGCAAGGGCACCCUGGUGCAGACCAAGGGCACCGGCGCCUCCGGCUCUUUCCGCCUCAGCAAGAAGCCCGGAGAAGUGAAGGAGAAGGCACCUAAGAAGCGGGCGACCGCGGCCAAGCCCAAGAAGCCGGCGGCCAAGAAGCCCGCCAGCGCCGCCAAGAAGCCCAAGAAGGCGGUGACAGCGAAGAAGAGCCCCAAGAAAGCCAAGAAGCCGGCGGCCGCCGCGGCCAAGAAAGCGGCCAAGAGCCCCAAGAAGGCGACCAAGGCUGCCAAGCCCAAGAAGGCGGCAGCGGCCAAGAGCCCGGCGAAAGCGAAGGCGGUGAAGCCCAAAGCAGCCAAGCCCAAGGCGGCCAAGCCCAAAGCGGCCAAGGCGAAGAAGGCGGCGCCCAAGAAGUGAAGUGUUGAAGUGGAAAUACUUAAACCCAACGGCUCUUUUAAGAGCCACCCACUAUUGUCCGAAAAAGGGCUGACAACACUCCGUCACCGAGCUCCGUGCCUGCAGCAGAGGUAACCCCACGCCACUAGCCGUGUGGGACGUUGGUCUGUGGAGUGGACGGGACGCUAAACUUCCGGCCGUGGUUGCGUUAAGACUUGGGGAAAAAAAUAAAGUUUACAUUCCCUGUGAAAAAGCUU